AUGCUCAAGACAUCUUUAUCUCUCUCAUCACUAAAGGAAUUAUUAUUAUCUCUUGCAUCAGUGGAGGAAUUAUUAACUCUCUCUCUCUCUCUCAUCACUGGAGAAAUUACUAUUAUCUCUCACAUCACUGAAGGAAUUAUUAUUAUUAUCUCUCUCAUCACUGGAGGAAUUAUUAUUAUUAUCUCUCGCAUCAGUGGAGGAAUUAUUAACUCUCUCUCUCUCAUCACUGGAGAAAUUACUAUUAUCUCUCACAUCACUGAAGGAAUUAUUAUUAUUAUUAUCUCUCUCAUCACUGGAGGAAUUAUUAUUAUUAUCUCUCCCAUCAGUGGAGGAAUUAUUAACUCUCUCUCUCUCAUCACUGGAGAAAUUACUAUUAUCUCUCACAUCACUGAAGGAAUUAUUAUUAUUAUCUCUCUCAUCACUGGAGGAAUUAUUAUUAUUAUCUCUCGCAUCAGUGGAGGAAUUAUUAACUCUCUCUCUCUCUCAUCACUGGAGAAAUUACUAUUAUCUCUCACAUCACUGAAGGAAUUAUUAUUAUUAUCUCUCUCAUCACUGGAGGAAUUAUUAUUAUUAUCUCUCGCAUCAGUGGAGGAAUUAUUAACUCUCUCUCUCUCAUCACUGGAGAAAUUACUAUUAUCUCUCACAUCACUGAAGGAAUUAUUAUUAUUAUCUCUCAUCACUGGAGGAAUUAUUAUUAUUAUCUCUCGCAUCAUGGAGGAAAUUAUUAACUCUCUCUCUCUCUCAUCACUGGAGAAAUUACUAUUAUCUCUCACAUCACUGAAGGAAUUAUUAUUAUUAUCUCUCUCAUCACUGGAGGAAUUAUUAUUAUUAUCUCUCCCAUCAGUGGAGGAAUUAUUAACUCUCUCUCUCUCAUCACUGGAGAAAUUACUAUUAUCUCUCACAUCACUGAAGGAAUUAUUAUUAUUAUCUCUCUCAUCACUGGAGGAAUUAUUAUUAAUUCCCAUCAGUGGAGGAAUUAUUAAUCUCUCUCAUCAUGGAGGAAUUAUUAACUCUCUCUCUCUCAUCACUGGAGAAAUUACUAUUAUCUCUCUCACAUCACUGAAGGAAUUAUUAUUAUUAUCUCUCUCAUCACUGGAGGAAUUUUUAUUAUUAUCUCUCGCAUCAGUGGAGGAAUUAUUAACUCUCUCUCUCUCAUCACUGGAGGAAUUAUUAUUAUUAUCUCUCGCAUCAGUGGAGGAAUUAUUAACUCUCUCCCUCUCAUCACACUUUAGCUUCCAAUAUUAA